AUGAUUAAUCAGCAACCACUAAAACAGGAAGGAAUUGGCCCUCAAAUGGUCAAUCUUCCUCAUGAAAUAAUACAACUCAUAUUCAGCUUUAUACCUGAUGCUUAUUUAGAAACAUAUAUUGAUAUCCCAUUUAUUGGAGAAUAUGCUGUUGAUAUAGUUUAUCGCUUUAUUUCAAUCAUCGCUUCCCAUUGGGAAUGUAAUGUCUAUUGGCCGGUUCGUCGAAAAGGAAGCAAUCUCAUUUCAAAACAUGUCUUCAAUGACCAAGAUAAUCCUGAAACUAGAGAAGGAGUUUUUUAUAAGUAUUUGAGAGUAAAUCAAUUUAUUCAAUUGAUUAGCAAUCACCCUAGAUUUACACCCGACAUUGUACAAUUCAGACAGUUUGAUCGAUUUCUUUGGCUCCAUCAACGAUACCCUGACAUAUUAAAGCGAUUUCCACGAAUCGACAUAUCCUUUAUAGGUGAGGGACUAUCAUCACCGGCAUUGUUGUUUGAUAUGCAGUACAACAAUAUAUACCGAGUUUCAUCUCUUCCAGAACAAUUCGGGUAUAAUGACAAGUUGUUUUCCAACAUUUCAUCCCUUCAUACCAUGUCUCUACCAAAGUGGGCUGGUCAAAAUUGGUGUGAAAACAUUCAAGAAUUGGAAUUGGAAUUAGAAAGUGGCCCAUAUGAUGAGCUUUCUCGAUUAUUUCCUAAUUUGAAAAGGCUUGACUUGUUAGAUUAUUCUGAAAAGAGUUUAAAGAAUCUACCGUUAAGCCUAGAAUUUUUAAUGGUAAAGUUCGAUGAUUCAUCUGAAGAAUUUGAUAUUUCAUCUGAUGAAUUUGAUAUUUCCUAUUUAGCGAACUUACGCGAAUUUAUAGCACGUACCUACUCGAGUAGAUUUAAUCUCUUCAAAUUUCCACUUGGAGUCGAGAGAGUAUUAUUGUUGGAUGAGUACUUCCAAGAGUCUCCAGGAGACCCUAGGGAUGUCUUUCUCAGUAUGGAACUAUAUCCAAAUUUAAAAGAGUAUGGGAUUGUGCUACAAGGUGAUUAUUAUACAACAAGCAUGUUUUCCUACAAUGCUACCUGCCCUCAAAGUGUACAAAAUCUCGAAAUAGUGGUAAAUAAUACCAUUGGGGUUCGUGAUUUAUCUACUAUUGGGGAAUUUUUAAAACUUCCAGAGAAAUUAAGAUAUUUUCAAUUUGCUGCAUAUGACGCUCAGACCUUGCUUGAGAAGUUGGUGCUUCCCCCAUCGUUAAGAGUUUUAUCAAUUCUGGAUUAUGCCCUGACAGGACCGUGUUCAGAUAUGGAAGAUUGGUCUGGUGUGAAAUUCCCAGAUUCUUUAGUACAAUUGAACCUUGAGGUGAGUAUACCGGAAGGUCUUGUGCUUCCCAAAUCAUUACAUUCUUUGAGUGUAUUUUCGGCGUCUUUGUUUACAUCUUUGAAUCUACUUGAAUUUGAAAAUUUAGUUCAACUUAAAUACAGUUGUUACGAAAGUCUUGAAUUUAUAUAUAAACUACCAACUAAUCUAAAGACUUUGGAUCUAUCUUGGGCUGAGAAUCUCAAUAAAAUGAUUAUUGAAGCACCGAAUUUGCAUCGAGUGAACUUAGCCUGGACCGGGCUUAAAUAUUUAGACCCAUCCCAUUUUCGAUUACCCGAUUGUGUUGAACUGCUUGCCAUAAGGGUAU